UGAAGUCAUUUCAUUUUUGGCUAUUGUCUAUGGUUUUCUUUAAACGUAUAAUCAUAUUUUGUAGGAAUUUAAGAUAUAUAUAUGUCAGGUAAAUACAACUGGAUAUAGUCUGAUAUUUUUGUAUGAAAUUAAUAAUUAUAUUUAUAAAUGAUGGAAUAUCUUACAAAGUGACGAUAUUUGUGUUUGAUUUUAUUUUGCAAUCUGUGUAGUUUGCAAUUGAGCAUUUGUAGCGCAAAGGAGUAACAGAGGUAGAAAAUUAUAAAUAAAAUUAUAAAAAAAAACAUUACUGUUACAAAGUAAGAAAAUUUACCUUUUAUUCUCAAAAUGGCAAACAAACUCCUAUUAAUGUGGCUGUUCUUUUUGUGCUCAAUGAUUACAUCAAAUAAAGCAGACAGCGUUAAUGAUACAGAACAAUUGCUUUCCGAAUUGUUUGCAAACUAUAAUAACAUUGUGCGUCCAGUGACAGACCACACAAAGGCCUUAAACGUAAGCAUUGCACUAUUUGUUAAGUCUUUAAAGGAAUUUAACGAAGUGGAAGAAACGUUUUCGUACACUGGUGCUCUUCAGAUGACAUGGAUUGACUAUCGACUGAAAUGGGAUCCAGAACAAUAUGGUGGCCUUGAGAGUAUAACAGUCCCCGUAUCAAAGGUGUGGUUACCAGAAAUCUUUCUCGCAUCACCAGCAACCACGAAAAUGUAUUUUGUCCAAAGUUGGAACAAGGCGCGGAUAUGGGAAGACGGAACCAUUGACUUACUUCAAGGGGCUAUGAUUGAAACUACUUGUUCCUUGAACGUCGAAUAUUAUCCUUUUGAUGUCCAAGCGUGUGACACUCUAUUAAUGUCACUUGCUUACAAGAACAACGAGGUUAACUUGUUGAAAAUCGGGCAGACGGGCAUAGACUUCACCCUUUACCAAAACAGCUCACUUUGGGAGAUUACGUCAACAUCUGUUUACGUUGAAACCAUAGCAACCGGAACUGAACUCCAGAUGCAUUUUAUUUUUUAUUUGAAAAGGAAAUCCGCCUAUAUGAUUCUAAAUGUUUUGAUGCCUAUUCUAUUUUUAUGUUUGCUGAAUGCACUGGUGUUUUGGCUAGUUCCGGAAUCCGGGGAACGAAUUGGAUAUUGCAUUACCACCCUACUGGCCAUCGCUGUUUAUAUGACUAUCGUUAUGGACACACUGCCUCAGAGUUCGGACCCGGUACCGUUAAUAUCGUACAAACUUGUGAUUGACCUGAUUAGCAGUUCUCUUAUAAUAGUGGUCGUCAUCUUCAACAUGCGCCUGCACAACAAAGACGGCGAUCAGAAAGUUCCAGGCUGGCUCAGGUCGCUGUAUCGAACCCUUACAUGCUUCAACUGUAUGCAAAAGAAAGUUAACCCUGAAGUCAUCCCAGUUCAGGAUGCAACGUGGCAAAAGAAUGAAACUGUUGAAAAUGGCUGUGAGGAAAAGAAAAAGAUUCUGAGGAAUGAUGACAACUCGACUGAUGAGGAUGGAAACAAAAUAACAUGGCAAGAUAUCAGUGCUAUGGUUGACUGGUGUGCCUUCGUUUUCUUUGUUAUGUGCUCUCUGCUAAGCUUCUUUGUGUUUGUUGGUGUUGCACUUGGAAAUACAUAAAGACUGUAUUAGACGAUAGUGCGUGUUAUUUGUAGCUUGCAGAAUAAGUCGAGGUAUUUUGCAAGCAUUGGUGUAUCGUCGUGUUAAGCUUGGAAAAACUUUAACUUUAAUGUUAUCUAUAAUUAGAAACGCUACUUAAAGUAAAGCAAGAUGUCCAAAAUGUUCAAAGCCGUUCAAGAUAUUCUCAUAAAACGUAGUACACCUGUUGUCUGUAUAGCAAUCAAAAAAAUAUUGACUUACAUCGCGUUUAUCGACUGAAAUUAAAGGGAAAGAUAAACAUUAAAAACAGACUAGAGUUGGAAUUCGUUGAUGGUGAUCUUGUUUUAUAUUUUAAUUAACAAUAGGUUAUCACGUUUUAACCCGUUUAUUAUUAAAGCAUGCCUCGAGGAUAAUCAUUAUUUAAGAUGUAUAAGACACUUUGGCAUACACUACCUAAAGUGAAGAUUUUUGCACCCAACAACGCCAUUCUUCUUCACGAAUAUUUCAAUUUUCAUUUUUUGAAUUUACUUUUUACAUUUUGGCUUAAGUAUAAAUAAACUUCAAUACUCUGUUAUAUAUUUACUUUCUUUAUUUUUUUGCAAGGUAAUACUGAAGCAUUUCGCUUGACGUACAUCAUUUAAAUAUCCAGAAUGUUUUUUCGUCCAUUCUUUAGGUUGUACAUUUUUAUACCAAAACGAUCUUAAGAAUUACUUUUGCAUUUGAAACGGUUGAUGCAAAUGUAUAGCUGUUGUAUUUUUGUAUAUUGAAUAUUGUGUUUGUUUAUUUUUACAUCUUUCUUAUUAAUCUUUUUUUAAGCACUUAAUCAUUACCCGACUAUUUGUUUCGGUUUUGUUAUAGAUCAUAGAAUAUUUAGACUAAACUUUAAUUGCAUGAAUUUAUAUUACAUUAUAUUUCGUUAUACUGACUCAAACAUUACUAUAAAAUUAUUCUUCAGCAUGUGUUUGUAUAGUGUUCCUUUUUUCUUAUAAAUCUUUUUUAACAACUUAAUCAUUAUCCGACUAUUUGCUUCGGUUUUUGUUAUAGAUCAUAGAAUACUAAGACUAAACUAUAAUUGCGUGAAGUUAUAUUUCAUACAUUUAUAAAUACUUUGUAAAUAAUAUACUGACUCAUACAUUAUUAGUAAAGUAUUCUGUAGUAUGUUUCUUCAUUCAU